AUGUUCGUGUCUCUCACAAAUCUGGUCGCCGAAACAGGAUACGAUGUUCCAGGAGAUAUGACGCUCAAUGAUCUACUCGCACUAUGUUCUGCUGAGCUUUUUGGGACCGAAGUCCCUCCAAGCAAAAUGGCCACCCUCAAAGAUGGAAAACUAUUAGCGAAUCCUUCACAAACCCUAGAGGCUUUGGGUGUACAAGCUGGUGACGUACUCCUUGUAAGGAUGCUGAGUGCUGCCCCACAAACAUUACAGACCUCUGCGCCUCAUCAGUCACAGCCAUCGUCUUCACCUUCGGCUUCCAUAGCAAAUAACCCCAGAAUAACAGAACUCAUCAAGUCAAUUAAGGUUCCUCCCAGCAAGAAACCUAAUCUUCUCAGGGAGAACGCUCGCAAAAUCUAUCAAUUAAUGGAAAACCCCGCUCAAAGAGCUCACAUCUACUUCAAGGCCAAACCGCUCGUUGAUCAAUAUACUAAAGAUCCGAAAGAUUUUGAAGCUUUUGUUCGUGUCUAUGAGCAUAUGAUUCAACAGGAAAUAGAAAAGGCACGUUUAAUGUCUGAUCCUGCAAGUGUGGAAGGCCAACGUUUGAUCCAAGAACAAAUACAGUUAGAGAAUAUCAACUACUCGUAUGCUCAGGCUCUCGAACAUACUCCAGAAGCGUAUAUUCCAGUUCAUAUGUUGUACAUAAAAAUGGAAAUAAACGGUCAUCCGGUGAAGGCAUUUGUUGAUUCUGGUAAGUUCGUUAUGGUGAUAAUUUUUUGCUUAGAAACGUAA